AUGACAGCAGCAGUGAGUUGCGUCCACAGCACUUUGCAUAGGCUCAAGAAGGUGCGUAAGGAUGUAUCACCGGGCCCCGUGCCACAGCCCGUGGAGGAGCAAGGUGCCAUGCACAUGGCGGCCCAUUUUGCCCCGGAAUUGCUCGCCCUGGACGGUGAUUUCUUGAGGAAGCCGUCGAUACUGAAGCCCGUCAGGGUUACGAUCAGCAGAACCUCGGUGACGCCUGAAAGUGAGGAUGGCGCUGCCAAAGAGGCCAUGCUCCAGCGACGCGCGGUGGACUUGGACAUCCCCACGUCGGCCUCGCAAGGCUCCGACACGAGGACGCCGGAGCCAUUGCCGUCACGGACCCGGAUGAUUUCGAUCGCGCCGCAGGUCCAGCUCGUCCAGUGGGAACGCAGCGGCGCGUCGGGCACCACCGACCGAGAAGACUCGCACUCGAGCAACUUGAGUUUUGAUGAGGAGGAGGAAGCCGACAGGAUUAGAGGCAUGUUCAAGCGGCUCAAGAACACCCUCCUGGUAGCCGUGUGCUUCAACUCGGCCUUCGGGGGCAUCUCCAACUUCCUGCUGGGCCCAGCCACGGCUUCUCUCCUGGCAAACCUUCAGAACUCGGACGCCGACGAGCAGGUGAACGCGCUGCAGUGGUGCCUGGUGAACUUCCCGGCGUCGUUGGCUGCUUCGGCCUGCUCCUUCUUCUACGUCAUCUACGCAGGCCUGUUCAGCUGGGAGGGUGAAGCCAUCAAGCGAGCCGAGGAAGAUGCCCGGCAGAAGGUCGCCGAAAGACAGAAGAGGCAUGGAAAGUGCAGCUACGCAGAUCUCCUGCUCUGCUAUAUGUUCACUGUCUUCAGCAUCUUUUAUGUCUCCUGGUCCUAUGCAACUGCCUACGACGUGUGCGCGACGCUUCCGGCAUUAUGCGGCACGGUGCUUCUGCUGAGUGCGCUGCCCAGUGGUCAGGACCAGCGUUCAUGGGAAAGCGGGCGUAGGAUCCUGGACUGGGACACGGUGCGCAGUCAUGUGUCUUGGACACUGCUGCUGGUCUGCGGAUCCACCUCCAUGCUCUCCCAGAUGGCCGAGCGCCAUAACCUGGUCAAGGCGGUGUUCGACAACGUGGACGUGGCCUUCUGGAAAGCGCGCUCUCCCGUCACCAUCCAGCUCCUGAUGGCCUUCACGGCGGCAGGCUUCGCCGAGCUCAUCAACAGUAUGCCGCUCUGCAACCUCAUCAUGCCGGUGGUAUUUGAGAUCGCAUCGGUCUCCACCACCAACCCCGUGCUGUACGCGAUUCCCGUGGCGGCCGCGGCGUCGUCGAACCUCAUCUUCCCGUCGAGCAUUCCUGUCGUCAUCCUGAGGAACUCUCUCGAAAUGCCUACGAGCGAAGCGGUGGUGGUAGGCCUGGUGCUCAAAGCGGUCCUGGUUGUGUCGGCGGUGUUGUCCACUAACACGGUGGGCCGCCUUCUUUUUGAGGCCAAAGUCAAGCGCUUGGAAUCGACAAUCCCAAGCGUAACCACACCUAAGCUCAACGCGAGCCUCACCGCCGCUCCAUUCGAGUGACGGCGUCGGCUCCAGCCGCACAGUGCCGACCGAGUCGGGUCGACUCUGUGCGCUCCCGGAUAAGGUGCCAAUAAGGACACGCAUUUUCUCUCACCUUUUUUUAAUGACGGCUUAAAGUGAGUUGAAUCGAUUUGUGACUGUGACAGUGAGCAACAGGACGCCUAAUGUGAUAGUGACCAAGUGGACGUGGUAGCGUGCGCCCUCUCACGACGUGAUGUUUACUUUUCGACCUGUGCUAGACCCGUUGUGCAUCUCCACGCCGCUUGGGUGAUAUUGGCGGUUCGUCUCCAGUGGCAUGAUAUUCCUGCCGAACAGUUCCCAAGAAAAUGCCCAGAAAGGUUGCCUUUAAGAUUAUUUUUUUCCCGUGAGUGACCGAUGUAGUCUCGUGAAUGCUUUUCUAAUUGCGCUAUAUUUUUUUUUCACGUUGUGUGCGAGUAUGCACAUUAGCAUAUUACUUUCAUAUAACUGUGCUGCACUUUCCGUUGCUAUGUCUACCAUCAAUGUCUCGUGUGGGAGUCCUCCGACAAUUUGAAUGCGUAAUGUAGGUGGACAACUUAUUGAGCUGCCCGCCGUAAGUAAUUAGAAGGCGAUGAAAGUGCAAAGGACCAUGACUGAUCCACCGAAACCAAGGUAACACCAAAGCUGCUGUUUGCUAGGUGAUCUCAGACUUCAGUAAUAUUCUGGUGGUGUAGGCAGCUCAAAGGCUUAUGGCGAGCCAUGACGAACCUGUAGACGUGUUACAGUAUGCGGGUUCGUUACCAAAGGUUAAAGCUUCUAAUUUUCGCGGACUACGUGACGCGCAUGUCCCAGAAAUAAAGCCCGUACAGUCAUAUAUGAGAACAUAAAUUGGUGACUGAAAUGGCGUUCUUCGUUUCAAAGGGUUCGUCGUUUCAAGUGGAUACGUCGUGCUAGCUAGGAGGCUAUAAUUCGUAGAUUGAAAGAUGUGACGUGACGUAACUAAUUAAAAAAUAACGUAAUUAUGUUAUUUAUUCAA